AUGGCUGCUCCGAAUUUGAAUGAAAUACAUGAUUUCCUGGUGUCAUUGGCCUACCAGGCUGGCGACAUCAUCACAAAUGCCCUUCUAGACACCAAUGACACUGGAUCCAAGAAGAACAGUGCUGAUCUCGUCACUCAAUAUGAUCGCGCCGUGGAGAACAUGAUCUCCUCAUCGCUAAAGAAUAAAUAUCCCGAUUAUGUCUUCCAUGGCGAGGAAACUUAUGACCCUUCGCACCCAUUGACCGAUGCCCCCACCUUCAUCGUGGACCCAAUUGAUGGCACAAUCAACUUUGUGCACGGAUUUCCUCACUCCUGUGUCUCCCUUGGUUUUGCCGUUGGUCAAGUACCAACCGUAGGUGUGGUCUACAAUCCCUCCACAAAAACCCUUUACUCGGCCAUUCGUGGACAGGGUGCAUUUUUGAAUCGUGAAACCCGCUUGCCAUUGAAUCACAGAAUUUCGGAGCCCCUUUCUGGCUUGAGUAAUGCUACCAUCAGUAUUGAAUGGGGCAAUGAACGGAGUGGCCCCAACUGGCAGACCAAGAUCAGGACAUUUGAGAGAUUGGGCCAAGCCAAGGAGAACGGCGGCGCAAUGGUUCGCGCCAUGCGAAGUCUUGGUUCUGCAGCGCUUAAUAUCUGCGCUGUUGCUGCGGGUACCCUUGACUUAUACUGGGAGGGUGGAUGCUGGGAGUGGGAUGUCUGCGCUGGUUGGGUGAUUCUGACGGAGGCUGGGGGCAUGAUAGUUGAUGGCAACCCAGGGAGUUGGAAAACUACUCUUGAUGGACGAAAAUACCUGGCUGUCCGCGGAGCUCCCCAAUCGGGGCAGAAAGAGAUCAUUGAGGAGUUUUGGGGCCAUGUCCAAGGUAAAUUGGAAUAUUAG